ACUGAUUUCUGUUUCAGGGAAUCUCCACGUCCUGAAUUAGAGCCCCUUCCUAAGUCUGCCUUUAAGUUUAUAGAACCGGUAGCAGACAUGGCCAAAAGAACUUCUGCACAACGGGACUUGGAGCCAGUAUUGCAGGAGACCGAGUCGAGUAGUGAAGAGGACGAUGAGGAGGCAUCAGAAUGGGAGUAUAAAGAGGCGACUGAGUUUGAGAGUGAUACAGCAGACAAACCCGAUCUAAAGCGCAGACCUCGAAAAUCUCCCAAGACUGUCGAGCAAGACGCCCCACAGCAACCUGAGCAGAGACCAGGAGAAAUAUUCAUGUCCAGGAAGGGUCAGAUUGAAUGGUCAUCAUCUCCAAAGAUUGCACAACCUCGCUCUCCCACAAAAUUAAAGAUGAAACCUGGGCCCACAAGGAUGGCGGUGAGCCGUGUCCAUGAUAUAAGAUCAGCAUUCGAACUAUUUAUCUCGGACUCAAUUCAGCAAGUUGUUCUGAAUAUGACCAACCUUGAGGGAAAACGUAUUAUAAGUAAAAAAUGGAAAGAGGUAGAUAACACAGAGAUGUUUGCCUAUUAUGGGAUCCUUAUCCUCGCAGGUGUCUACAAAUCAAGAAGUCAGUCAGUUGGCAGUCUGUGGGAUAGUGAGAUGGGAAGACCUAUUUUCAGAGCAUCAAUGCCAUUAGGGAACUUCCACAUGUUAUCAAGGUCUGUUCGAUUUGAUGAGUGGGCAACAAGACAUGAGAGACGGCAGAAGGACAAGUUGGCAGAAAUACAACCUGUGUGGGACAAGUGGGUUGAGCAGCUUCCACUUAUGUAUAAUCCAGGACCCAAUGUGACUGUGGAUGAGCGCCUUGUUGCAUUUAAAGGCCGGUGCCCGUUCAGGCAGUAUAUGCAAUCUAAACCGAAAAAGUACGGCAUAAAAAUCUGGGCUGCAUGUGAUGCUGCUUCCGCCUAUGGAUGGAACAUGCAAAUCUACACAGGGAAGGUAAAGGGUGGAAUCUCGGAGAAAAACCAGGGAACGCGGGUGGUGCUCGACAUGACACAGGGCCUCAGCGGCCACAACAUCACUUGUGACAAUUUUUUCACAUCAUAUAACCUGGGACAAGAACUCCUCAAGCGCAACAUGACUAUGGUUGGCACAGUCAGACACAACAAGCCAGAGCUGCCGCCUGAGCUUUUGACUGUGAAGGACAGGGAAGUGACAUCCUCGCAGUUUGCAUUUACAGCCAAUACUACUCUGGUGUCAUACGUACCACGAAAGGGCAAAAAUGUGAUGCUGAUGAGUACACUGCAUCGAGAGGGACAGAUCAGUGACAGGGAAGACAAGAAACCAGAGAUCAUUCUGCAUUAUAAUGCCACAAAAGGAGGGGUAGACACUUUAGACAUGGUCACUGCCCGUCACAGCUGCAAGAAAACGACUUUGCGGUGGCCCCUUGUGGUCUUUUUUAACAUGCUGGAUAUAUCUGCAUACAAUGCUUUUGUGAUCUGGCUGGCAUUAAACCCAAACUGGGAAAAAACCAAGCCCCGUAUGAGGCGGAGACUGUUUCUAGACGAGCUGGGAAGGGCACUUGUGUUCCCUCACAUCCAAAGAAGCGAGAAACUUCCAAGGGCUCCAGGAGCUGCAGCCUUGACAAGAAAGAUUCUAGAGAAGGCCGCUGAGACCUCAGGUGCAGAAUGCAACCCUCCAGUGCCUACAGAUGCUGCCGAUGGUGGUAAGAGGGGACGUUGCCAGGAGUGUCCCCGUUCAGAUGAUUCGAAGACGCGUAGCAUAUGCGCGUACUGCAAGAAAUACAUUUGUUCAAAACACACGGUGAAACAAUGCCCUGCAUGUCUGGCAGAUAGGAGUAAAAAACAAAAGAAAUGAAUCCAACCAUUCGAGACCACCAUUUGUGAAGCGAAUCACGUUGCCUGUCUUGUAGAAACAGUGCAUGUCAAAGUGUAGGAUAUAUUAAGGCUAGUCGAUACUUCACUUUUCAGUGUGUGCUUUCGGACGGCUUCUGUGCAUACUGUAUUUGUUGGCGGAUGCACAUGGUCCAGGUCAGUGCAUGCAUACUACAGUGAUAUUCCACCAGACCAGGAGAGGGCAUAUUGUAAUAAACACAAAUACAAUUCAUGUACUGAAAGACGAAAACCUUUCAUGAACGGUUUUAAAGUUGUCUAGGCUUGGGUGGUAUGAAGGUAAUAUGACAUUUUUUUAUCACUAAGAUUUGAAAAUCACUGAUAAAAUCACUAGUAUAAUGUCUAGGCGGUAUAAAUUAUCUGGAGAGUAAAAAUUAUUGUUGCAGCUACCUCCACAUCUCCAGCAACUCUUCUGCUUUUUAUUGGUUGACCUAUACUGUGUGAAAGCCACUACUGCCACCUACUGGAAAUACCUACUCAAUUAUCGUGCACAUGUGCAGUUUACGUUCAUGGUCGUGCAUGAUCUGUCCUGGACACAAAUACCCCCAGGCUACACUUACACCAUCCACCGCUCUCCGCUGCAACCCCCGUUGGCGAGAUUUACAUCACCUCACCCUGUGCGAGCCCGAAGUGAGGUAUGAAUUAUCGUUCAGAUGGUAAGGUAAUAUUCGAUACUUGUAGGCUCCAUGAUACGUGCACAGGAAAUGGGCAGGGGGUAAAGAUCUGAGUGACUGGCAGGGGCCAAAUCAUUCAGAUGACCGGGUCAGAGCAUCUCUGAAACCGCAAGGCUUGUGAGGUGCUGACGGUCAGCCGUGGUCAAUAUGUACCGACGAUGGUCUGAUGGGGGGGGGAACCAUGAACCACUGACAGGAUAAGCUAGAUGUGAAUGAAGGCUGUCCUGUGUGGUGGUCAUCUCUCAUGUGAUGUCAUGACAUACGGUGUCCUGAGCCCUGCUGCUUAUGCGGCUACAUCACCAGCGGGUCCCAUUCAGUGGUGGUGAAGAAAUCGUUAAUGAUGCCACAGCAUCGUGUUCUGUCGUGACCUGCCCUGGCAGACAAAUAUGCAAAGUUUCAGGGCAUAAUUGAUUUUGACCCCAAAGAUACAACCUUGCAAAUUGUGCUGCCGUAGUUCUAUUUGUGUAUGAUAAAGCCAGUUAUCCGGCAUUGCUUCAGAAUUAUUUUUGUCAAAAUAAAGUUUCUCUCUGUGUUUGUAA